CUCGUCCAUCAACAACAGACUCGACAUACAUACCUUGCUAUAUCCGGAUGGCUUCCCUCAUUUGUUCCCCUGGUAACCUGGUCACGAAUGGAUGUUACCACGCCCAGUUUUUUGACGGCUGCCUGCUGGAAGUAUUAACUUAUUAGUAGUUCGUUCUAUCCGACUUUCUGUGAUGCAUACGAAUGUUCAGUAGAGAGCCCUGAAAGUAAACCACUUGACCUGCUUACCGAAGGAAACUCAGAAUAUACAGUCAAUAUGGCCUUCUUGUCCAAAAUGGGUGUCAUCGCCACGACAAUUAUGCUGAGCGCAAUUACCCCCUCAACCGCGGUGGCGGUCCCUUCGACAGCUACCACCAGCGGCAGCUACACCCUUUGCCAGUUCUACUCGAGCAUCCCGGGCCUUUCCUCGACGCAAGCGACCUCAAUGACGCUGCCUCUCUGCCCUUCCAGCCUGCUGACCUUCUCGUACACGAUCCCUCCAGAGACGACCACGGGCCCUGCGACCACGGCGCCUACUGAUACACCCUGGCCGUCUCCCAGCACCACCACCACCACCACCGCCAUCGCCAGCUCGUUGACUCUGUGCCAAUUCUACUCCAGCAUCUCCGGCCUCCCUUCACAGCCCACGGCCCCGGUCUCGAGCAUGACCUUGCCGUCCUGCCCCGCGAGUCUGCAGGAUAUCACAUACUCGUACCAGGCGCCCCUGGCAACCGACCACGUCUCUGCCACUGCCACCGCAGCGUCUGCCACGUCCGCCACACCUGCGACCAGCACGGGCGCUGCUGCGGUUGCUGCGUCUAGCUUCACCGGCGCGGCUGCUCCCAGACCGGAUUUGGAUCGAAUGGUCAUUGGUGGUGUUGGUGGGAUCCUGGCGGGAGCCGUUGGGAUGAUGCUGUGAUGAUAAUGUCAAUGUACUCUGCGCCCUUGGAGGGGGAGGCAGGCAGGGCACCACCUUGACAGACUCGCCGGCAACGACUUGACGGUACUGUGGUGUUGACCACAACCUAUCCGACCGACUGGUCACUCCAUAGCAAACCUUGGUGUCGGGACAGAGCUCUAUUAGUGCACAUGUUUGUGCCUGCCGCACUUUCUGGCAGAAGCUGUAGACACACAUUUGUAUGAAGCUAUAUGAAUAAGAUGUACUUUGCUCCAUGUCCACAUACAAUGAGUCCAGUCUUUGCGACACGAGGGGUUAAACCCCGCAAUCUGGGAGCCUGGUAGAUAGAACACCGCCCGAAGCAAAACAGUUCGAUGGAAC